UUCCUAGUACAGCUGGAACUCAUUAUUUAUUAUCUGUUAAGAAUGUUAGCUGUGAUUGGUGAGAGAGAAACAGGACAGAAUUGUUUUAUCGGGUUUACACCAUCGACGAGUUAUUUUGGUCAGCGCUGCUUUCCGUAACUCAACGCCUACGUCACACGAAACAAUAUGGCGGCGCCCUCUGUGGAGCAGCGCCCUGGAGUGUUGGGAGUGAAGUGUUAAUACCCGAGUUAUGAAAACGAUUUUCGCGCGUGUAUUAUCGUAGUUCUCUUGUCAGAUAGCGGUGAUUAUAUUUAAGUUAUAUUCGUCGUGAAAACAUGGGUUUACAGCGGUUGUUACGCGGGGCACUGGAGUGUUACUCCAGACAGUUCCGACUCGUGAAUGUUCAGCAGAAAGUCUUUCAGAAUGCCUGUUCACAGACUUCACCGAGCAUGUUCAGCGCUGCUGACCGGGUUACAUGUGCAGCAGGUUUAUUCGGCAGGCUGUUCCUCCCGACCAGCCGCCUCGGUGCCGCUCACGCACAGCUGGCUGCCCGCCGCAGCUUCUGCACCGCCGCCCAGCCCUCCAGAGACGUCACCCUGUUCGAGCACGACAGGACCCGCUUCUUCCGGCUCCUCUCGGUCUUCUGCGGCGGCCAGUUCAUCUUCUGGACGUACAUGGGCCACUUCGCCUUCACUGAGCUCAGAGACACAGGGGGCGCUGCAGGGACGGGGAAAGCCAAGGUGUCCCCCUCCACCACCACCACCACCACCGGGCUGGCUGGGAUGUGGAGCUUUGAGAUGAACCUGGGCUCCAACACCUGGAGGUACGGCUUCACGCUGGGAUGCCUGGCGAUAGGAGGAGGGAUAGCCGGGCUCGGGCUGCUGUUUUGCCGGCGCUCUGUCAGCCAGGUGGUUCUACACAAAGGUGGGCGGAUGGUGACAGUGUACACACAGUCACCUUUGGGACCCGGCCGAGGCCGCAAAUUAACAGUCCCGCUGUCCCAGGUGGCCUGUCACGCUCACAGACAGGAGUCUCCCUCGUUCAUCCCACUCAGGGUCAAAGGUCACAGGUUCUACUUUCUUCUGGACAAAGAGGGAACUGUGAACAACGCCAGGCUAUUUGAUAUCACCGUUGGGGCUUACAGACCAGUUUGAGUUAUUUGCCAUAACUGU